UCAUCAUGCUUACAUUUUACACACGGUUUAUUCUUUGUUAACUUAUUAUUGCUAAUCUCAUAGGUAAUGAAUGCUAAUUGUAAAAGCAGGUAAAUAAUAGUUGAAGAUUCUUUUACCACCUAAACAAAUUUCACCGAAAUCUUGUCGUUAAUUGCUGAAAUAUUGUAAUAUGAAUAGCGACGAAAAUUGAUUUCCCAUAAGAGCACGGGUUAAACCCUAAAAAAUUGAAACAUUAAUUUCUCGCUUCAAAAGUAAUGAACAUCCCUGGAAUUUAAACUGUAUCGAAUUUAUACACUAAUCUACUAUUGUGUAAAGUUUUAACUAAUUCUUGUCGUUAAUAGUCGAAUCGAUAGAACUACAUUAAAUACUCUAUGGAAAAAUAUAAAGGAGUCAAAGUUACAGCUAUUAAAAAUAUUCCUAUCAAAACUGUGAUGAAAAAUAUGUUUGGAUAUUAUAAGUGUAUCACUCCUGAAGAAGAACAAUUAUUGACAUGGAACAAAUUAGAUUUUUCGUUUUCAUAUAGCACCAAAUCAAAUCAACAGAAUAUAUUAUUGGGUACAAUUGCAUUUGUGAACCACGACUGCAAUCCAAAUGUGGAAUUUGUAACUUGUGAAAAGCAUAUGGUGUAUUUAACAAGUUUAAGAGAAAUUAAAAAAGGUGAAGAGCUUUUAGUCUUUUAUGGAAACAACUACUUUGGUUAUGGCAAUGAAUCAUGCGAAUGCGUAACAUGUAAGAUAAAUAAUUCAAAGACAAAUAAUGAAAAUGGUGAUUCAGUUAAUGAAGUAGUCUCACUAAAUGAUUUUGGUUUUAAAAAAAGCUGUCUCACUAGUGAUAGUUCUCAGUAUAAUUGUUUCACAAUCGUUACAAGCACUAUUGAAGACAUGAAUGAAUUUCAUGGUUUUUCUUACUACGUUCAAUUGGAUAAAAAGCUCAAUAGAGCAUACAUAAAAUUAGAGAGGAUGGAUCUAUCUAUUAUUCAAUUGUACAAAGCUAAACCAAAUAAUUCUGCCUUUUGUAUAUAUUGUGAAGAUUUUAAGAUUAAAUUUCCAAGGCAUCUUAGAUUUUAUCAUAGUAACCAAGAUAUAGUAAAAAAUUAUGUAAAUCAUGAAGAUCAGAACAUAAAAAAUUCAGCAUUAAGUUUUUUAAGAAACCAAGGUUCUGCACAUUAUCAAAAUUUACAAGCAUAAUAAUUCCAGUGAUGACUGUUAGAAAGGAUGCUGUACAUGAAAUACAAAAAGUAGAGUGUACAAACUGUUUUGCUUACUUUUCAAAGAGCACAUUGUGGAAACAUUUUUUAUAUUGCCAAAAAUUUAAUGUUUCAACAAUACGUAAUUUACAAUGAAUAUUCAUCAUAAUAAUAACCCAAUAAUUUGCUAAAAAUACAUUUUCAAUUAAUCUGUUACUUUACUAAUCUAAAAUUGUUUAAUCUAAAAUUUUAUUUAUUAUUUACAAAAGACAAUGUGAUAACCUCAAGCAUAGUGUCCGUGUGUUUUAUAUAUUUAUUAAAAAAUUUAACAGAAAAUAUUUUACAAAGCUUCUUUAGAUAUAGUGGACUUAAAUAAUUGUGACGUACAUUGUAUAUUAAAAUGACACCAAACGUCAUGGGCUGUAAAAAUAAUUUUUG